UCUUGCCCUCAGCAUUCAUCCGACAGCAUGUGGAUCCAGGCCACUGCUCUUCUGCUCCUUGCCUAUUGUCCUUGGCCAGCUGAAGCUCAGCGCGAAACGAGACAAAGCAUCUGGGAUGAUCCCAUCAAGUUCACGACCAAGAAUAAGGACAAAUGCACCAUGAUACUCACAGGCCAGGGGGAAAACAUGAAGCUGAGGCUAUCAUGCGAGGGCAGCAAGAGGUCUUAUUGGUGUGAGUAUGUGGGAAAACCUUACACUUGCAGUGCUUUCAACAAAAACCCAAGGCACUACUUUGUCCAGAUAAUGUGGAUCCUCAGAAAGCUACCGAAUGCCUGCCAGGGUCCCAGAGAGAUCAAACCUAACAUGUGCAGGAAGGCGACAGAUGACUCCCGAAUGAUCUUCUCGGCUGGCCCAUACCUACGACAGCCUCAAAGACCCCAACGUUUGUCCGCACACACAAGACCGAAUGUGACAGUGAAGGCACUUGUGAAAACAACUCGGGCAUCAGAGAAAGUUAAAACCACAGCCCAGUCACAAACGACCGCACCACCGACUGAGAGCACAAGCAAGAGAAUGGCUAAACAGUACUGCUGGAGGUCCCUUAAUGGUGUCUGCUCCUUCGUAAUUGGCCUGUUUAGGAAUUAACAAAAAAGAAUCUGCUGAACUGGUGACUAAAGCCACCACCAGUGGAGAAACCCCGGCCAGUCAUUUGUUUUCAAACAUCUAAAGCGCCCUCUAGAGGACAUGGACUGGUACUGGAGUGAUAUUUCCCCAAAAAACUUGAUUUAACAUGUUUUUUUGUUUUUUUCUAUGGGAGCCUUUCUGGUUGAAUUUCACUAACUUUUUUAUGUUUUGCAUGAAAUAGACCUGUAUCAAAUGAAACUACUUUAACCAGUGAAAACAUGAGUAUUCACGUUUUGUUGUAUUAUCUUAUAUAACU